AAUUUCAACAAUGACAACAACUUAUUCAACAAUUACAGAUUUAAUUAUUCCUUUAAAUGAUUCUAUAUCUAUAACAAUUAACAGUUUAUGCGCAAUUACAAAGAUUACUGUUGAUUCUAAUUUAAAAAAUGAUUUGGUUAUAAUUAAUGGAAAAAUUGAAAAUAAUUGCCGUUUUGAAAGAGUUUUUAAUGAAGUUAGAAAUAUUAUUGAUAGACGAAAGAGAAAUGUGAAUGGAGAAUUGUUAAAUGAAAAUAAAUAUUUUAAAGCUGCCGGUUUUGCUGCAAUUUCUUUUGGACUAGGCUCUUUAUUUAAAUUUAAAGAAUUAAAAGAAAUUGUUAGAAUUGCUAGAAUUGGUUCUGGUUCUGCUUGUAGAAGUAUUCUUGAUGGAUUUGUUCAUUGGAAAGCGGGGAAUAGUGUUGAAGAUGAUUCUGAAUGUGUUUGUGAGCAAAUAACACCAAUUUCACAUUGGAAAGAACUUCGAGUACUUGUAAUAACUACAAAUGAACAACGUAAAAAAAUUGGAAGUACAGAAGCAAUGCAACGUACAGUUUUAACUUCAAAACUUUUAAAGGAAAGAAUUGAGGAAUGUGUUCCGAAAAGGAUUGAAAAUUUAAAAGAAGCUAUUUUAAACAAAAACUUUUCUCAAUUUGCUGAAAUAACAAUGGCUGAAAGUAAUCAAUUACAUGCUGUUUGUCUUGAUAGUUAUCCUCCAAUUAUUGUUUGUUUUCUUAAAAAAUUAUAA